UUCUGUAAAAUAACAAACAAAACCCCCAAACCAACGGUGAUAAGCAUAAAGCCAAAAAAACCUUCUUCAUCAUUCUUUCUCGAAUCUCCAGUCGUCAGAUUUCUCUCCAAAACGCGCGAAAUACAAACCCAACGCCUCUCUCGCUCUACACAGUUUGCAGGGAUUGUUCUGAUAAUGGCGGAGGCACCGACGAGUCCGGCCGGCGGGAGCCACGAGAGCGGCGGCGAGCAGAGCCCGCAGAACGGGAGCAGCAGCAACGUGAGGGAGCAGGACAGGUACCUCCCAAUCGCGAACAUCAGUCGGAUUAUGAAGAAGGCGCUGCCGCAAAACGGCAAGAUCGCCAAGGACGCUAAGGACACUGUGCAGGAAUGCGUCUCCGAAUUCAUCAGCUUCGUCACCAGCGAGGCCAGCGAUAAGUGCCAGAAGGAGAAGAGGAAGACGAUUAACGGUGACGAUUUGCUGUGGGCGAUGGCUACGUUAGGGUUUGAGGACUAUAUUGAGCCGCUCAGGAUUUACUUGGCUAGGUACAGGGAGGUAAUUACUAUUUAACUUCCCCUUUUGUUUUUUUACUGUUCAUCUUUGAUUUUGAUGUGAUUGUACAGUUUGGUUGUAGCUUUAUAUGGUAGAUUGUUUAGAAUGAAGGAGCCUCAAAUGAAAUGAGGGGUUUUGUGUAUUAUCUAGUAUCUACAGUUGGUUUACUACUCAUGAGUUCAAUCUAACAAUUUUCUUUUUUUCUUUCCUUUUGGCUUGAUUGGGGCCAUUGCGGUGUUCCAGUUGGAGGGUGAUGCAAAGGGUUCUGCGAGGGGUGGAGAAGGGUCUGCUAAAGGGAAUCCUGUUGGAGCUAUGACUGGGCAAAAUUCACAGUUUGUUCAUCAGCCACCACUGAACUACGUCAAUAGCCAAGAGGAUUAUUAUGUGCCUUUGAACAAUAUGGGGAAUGGAAAUUGAUGCUUUUCAUUUUGAUGUGAGGAAGAAGAGAAGACAUGGGUUUUGGUCACUGGUCACUUGAUCCUAAUGAUGUGUCCUCAAUAUCUUGCAAUGCAGGCACAGCAUCUGGUUGUUCCUUCCAUGCAAAGCAAUGAGUAGAAGUCUUACUUUUAUCCUAAAUCAUUGUUAAGAACUCGAAAGCGGUAAAUUGUUAAGUUGCAUUGCUUAUAGUAUCAUUGAUGUGAAUUUGAGUUAAUUUAUGUUUCUGGGGUCUCUGCUUUGGUUGGGAUAGGAAGGAUUUAAGUUGUAGAUUUGGCUUUUGGCUAUAUUUCUAGUUUAGUUGUCUGACCCCGUGUGAUGAAGUACUGUUUAAUUGGAUGUUCAUGAAGAACCUUGUGAAACAAAAAAAAAUGGGAAUAUAAUGCAUAUUUUUCAUAUAACA